UCCCAUCUCGCACCUUCCCCUCUGCUUCUUCUUCCUCCUCUCUUCUCCCUCCUCCCUCGAUCUCUCUCUCUCUCUCUCUCUCUCUCUCUCUCUCUCUCUCUCCAUUAUUUGAUCUUUCUCGCCUCUUUGGGGUGCUAUAAUCGUAAGAUCGACCAUUUCAGGUGCGCGAUCGGAUCAAAUUUGGAGUGAUUAAUUGAAACGAGACGCGAUGAGCGAGGUAUUCGAAGGGUACGAGCGCCAAUACUGCGAGAUCUCCGCGUCUCUCUUGCGGAAAUGCACUUCGGCCGCUGCUCUCGAAGGAGAACAAAAGAAGCAAAAGGUGUCGGAAAUCAAAUCCGGAUUGGAUGAAGCCGAAGCUUUGAUCCGGAAGAUGGAUCUCGAGGCGAGAAGUUUGCAACCGAGCGUGAAGGCCGGAUUGCUGGCAAAGUUAAGGGAGUAUAAAUCCGAUCUAAACAAUCUGAAGAGUGAGCUUAAACGUAUUACAAGUGCUAAUCCUAAGCAGGCGGCGAGAGAGGAAUUGUUGGAGUCGGGAAUGGCCGAUACAUUGGCGGUAUCUGCUGAUCAAAGGGGAAGGUUGUUGAUGUCAACAGAGAGGCUGAAUCAAACCACCGACAGAGUCAAGGAUAGCCGAAGAACUAUGUUGGAGACAGAAGAGCUCGGUGUUUCUAUUCUUCAAGACCUGCAUCAGCAGCGCCAGUCUCUCUUGCAUGCUCAUAACGCACUCCAUGGGGUGGAUGAUAACAUUGGGAAGAGCAAAAGGAUCCUAUCAGCCAUGUCGAAAAGAAUGGACAGAAACAAGUGGAUCAUCGGUGGAAUCAUCAUAGCUCUGGUUUUGGCGAUCCUAAUUAUUCUAUAUUUCAAAUUUGCGCACUGAAUAUUCGGCUAUGGAUCCGAGAGAACUUACAACCUUUGUAUGUCCCCUCUGUUCUAUUCUUAUCUGGUUUGAAUGCGAAAAAAAAUGAGUGCUGUAUAUUUGACUCUUUGAUUUUCUGUCUUGGCUGUAUCUGAAGUUUCUUCUUUGUUUGUGGCCAUGGGAAAAACAAACACACAAUGGCGUCUACUUGGGUUUUUUUUUUUUUUUUGAGACAAAAUUGUGUCUACUUGUCGCAUUGAAUCUGAGUGUUAGAAUUGUAUCUGAGUUGAGUUA